CCAACGCAACUUUUCCUACUCCUACACAUCCUUCAGCAAGGGGAUAACAAGAUCAUCCUCUUUCCCCCCAUCCCCCCUCUCUCUAAAGGAACCCUACUCACGCCAGAAUUGUCUUAGAGACGGUGUCUUGCCCCCAGUUUUUCGGUGCGAGAAAAAGUUCACCUUCGCUUGUCUCCUCUCCACUGCCUUCUCCCAGGUUAUAUCACGGCUCGCAAUAACGUCAUCUCUCUACACUUUUCCCCCAAGUUUACCUGGCUUCCAGCAGGCUUCAAUGACUCCUCAUGCCAGUCCCGUUCCAUGACCCCAUACCUCUAAAGGACUCUCCUUUGGCCCCUUCAGGUCCUGUCCGUUCUAGAACAUUUCCAAUUCUUACUUCCUCGUCAUUUACCGCUGAUAGUGGCGAAGAACAUAAAACAAUCAGCAGCCAUUUCGAUACAUCCCCAAGCUUUGACGAUACCCUUUCUGUCUCACAAACUUCUACUUCGUCGUCAACUACUCUUUCUCCAUCUGCGUCAUCACCCUCUCUUGUCGAGAGCACAGGCGUUGGUCCCAGCGAACCGAUCUACGGAAAUUCCUAUGAUGAAGCCGAUUUGUCUCGUCCUCUAUUUCGCUAUUGGAGACCUCAAUCUACAUCCUUCCCUUUAGAGGCUAAAUUUACGCUCGGCGGGGGUAUACAUCCGGAUACUAGAAUUGCCCAUUCGCAUAAAGACGGUUGUAUAUUUUCCUGUCGUCAGAAGGAAAAGAACCCCCACAUCACCCUUCCACCUUACAUAAGCCCUGCCGACAGUCCGACUGAUCGCCCCUCUACACCUUUGACCGGAACUUCCAUUUUGAAGCCAACCGAUGGGGCUGGCUCUGAUGCUAUCCUCAAGGCUCAGCUUGGCCUCGAUAGUCCUAUUGAUUUUAACGAAAGACUAGGCACUUCUGUAGCGCGAUGGGGUGCAAAAAAUGAUGCUGAUGGAGAGGCAAGUUUUCCGAUACAGAGCAGCCCAAUUCGGGAAGAUGAGGAUGACGUUGGGAGAUCCAUUGCUGCUGUUAUGGCGAGUGAGAGCAAUUCUCGUAGCAGGAAGGCAACACAAAGACUUGGGUUGUUCCGGGAGAAUGAACAGGCUAUUGAAGAACGUGGGAGAGAGAAACUGAGGCGCGAGGAAAAAGAGAAAGAGAAAGAGAGGGAGCGACAAGAGAAGCUGCGCGCAAAGGAGAAGGAGAGGAAAGAAAGAUUAAAAGGUAAUGGAAAAAUGGUUUCUGUCGCACAGUUAAGCAAGACAAUUAAGGAAAAUAAUGCCCCCCCUCUAGACCUUUCUUCUAAUGUCCUUUCAGUUAAAAGUACGAAAGAUGCAUAUUCUCAAUCAUCAAGUGAUGAGCUCUCUUCCAAAGUUUCUGAUAAAACAUCUAUACCGACCUCUUAUUCCAAUCCUGUUUGCGGAGCAGUUGAUGGGAACGAGUCUUCUGGGAUUCAGUCGACAAUUAAUUCUAGAUUAGACUCGGCCCCCAAAAGUAUCUCCCCUACCAACGGUGAUUCGUCAAGUGUCUGCGUGGGCUCUGAUGACUCGUCCCCUUCCUCGAUUACAACAGUGGUUCCUGAAGGUCACACCGAAUACCCUUUUCCUGGGUGCCGAGAUCUAUCCAUAGAAGUACCUGACGGCUUUGAACCGGUUGAAAGGCCAGACCACCCGGAGGACGAUGACGAUGAAGAGGAAGAAUCUGAUAAAGAUGAAAUUUCCUCUGCCCUAUAUAUCCCACAUCCGACUCCGAAUCGUGCCGCCACAGACUCCUCAAUUGGUCAUAAGGCAGGCCCAGUGAAGGGUCAAUAUAGUAACUCGGCCUCACAAAGGUCGUUGAUCGAGGCUGAUAAACAGAAGAAUGAUGAUACACGUCAUAAGGACCAUGAAGAAAGUCCAGAAUUCGAUUUAUCUAUCCAAUCUGGGGACGACGAAUACAUUUACCAAGGCCGCCGACAGUCCGUAAUCGCGGAUGAUGAUUACAAAGGCUACCACUCCAAUACGGAAGGCUAUUCGUCGGCUGCGUCAGGGUUUUCUGAUUUUUCGGAUAGUUACGAUGAGCUUUCAAGUGGCGAAAAUGAUCGUAGUGGGAGUGGCUAUGGAACUGCUUUAUCUGAAACUGAGGAUACCACCCCAACUGCUACGCCCAUUGCCCGGCGCCCUCAUAUCAAGUACGAUCAAACUCUUGGCAACCGAAAGCAGCAUUCUUCCAGUGCCCAGUCGAAGGCCGUACCUCAAGUUCCUUUGGGGGCUGUUGAGUUAAAACCAUACAAUCAUCAAGUUGGAGGUCAUACAGCAUUGUUCAGAUUCUCCCGCAGAGCUGUUUGUAAAAGCUUGAGUAAUAAAGAAAAUGAAUUUUAUGAGGCUGUUGAGAAGAGGCAUCCGCAACUUUUAGGAUUUCUACCAAAGUACAUUGGGGUUCUUAAUGUUACCUUCAGAAGAGCACCAAAGAAGAAGAAAACCAUCAAAAAGGAGGCUGCAACAGGCUCACCUGAGGUGAGCGGAUUGGCAACGGAAAGCGAGGUCUUUGUUAGGAGCGGCAAAAAUUGUGCAGACUCUCAACCAACCGAGACAGAGUUUACGAAGGCUCCGAAUGUUGUAUAUAACUCGGAGGCGACCUCUGGGGGUGCACCCUUUCCUCUUCCCCAGGUGGUCUUCGAGAACAACAGACACAUUAUUCCUGAAAAUCUUUUUCGCUUUUCGGCCAGUGCCCCAUCUUACUCUUCGAAUCCAGCAUGCUCCGCCAGUGACAAAGAAGGGCGAUCGCCGGAGCCGACUCAGGGUAAAGGGCAGAAAAGCACAGAGGCUGUGUCGGAUACGCCGGAGGCUAAUGCUACGGGUAGCGGUGACGAGAUCAUCCAGGGCGAAGCCCAUCCAAGGAAGUCCAUCUGGGGUGCUACUUCGGUGAAUCGCAAAUUACAGGAACAAGUAUUGAGGGAGGUUUUUGGAUCUCCGUCUAUUCCCCGCGGUCAUCAUCACACUCGCUCACAUUCAAGGCCACGCCAUUACAAUUGCAAUCACUCCCAUGGUCACCGGCACCAUCAUGGGUCACCCCCGGGCGCUGACAGCAGAGGAUGCAGAUCCAGCUUCAGGAGGAGUAGCACGGAUCUCGGGCCGUCCCACCGACAUCAAGCCUUUCCCGAGGAUCGCAAAAUCACAUCUGUUCGUAUUGAGGGAGAGAGGAGACACGCCUCUAGUACAGAUUUGAGGACUCUUUCGAAGAGCAACGACAUCACUGGCGGUGCUAGGUCUUGUUUGAGUAGAUCCCCGACAACACCUGAAAGGCGGAGGGCUGGCUUUCCAAGAAGGCGGUCGAGUGGUAACAUAUGCAAAAGGUCAGGCAAGCCAGAAUCGUUGAGCCCACCAAUUUGUGAUUAUGCCGCAGAGGAUGAAGUCCCCUCUACUGCCUCGGAAAGCACCUCACAGACACAGCAGCCCCAACCCAUUCCAUCACCUCUCUCUAUCCCUCCGGCAACAGAAUCUCCAGACCCUGUCGCCAUCAACGAAACCCCUAAUAUCCCUAUACCCAAAGAAGUACUACAGCAGCCCAUCGAACGGGUGGAACAUUUCCUUCUCCUCGAAGACCUGACAGCGGGCAUGAAGAGGCCCUGUGUCCUUGACCUCAAGAUGGGAACCCGGCAGUAUGGCGUCGAAGCCUCUAAGAAAAAAAAGCAAUCACAAGCAAAUAAAUGCGCCCUUACCACCUCUCGUGAUUUAGGUGUUCGACUUUGUGGAAUGCAAGUUUGGAACGUGAAGGAGCAGACCUAUCUCUUUCAAGAUAAGUAUUUCGGUAGAGACCUCAAGGCCGGGCGUGAAUUCCAGACUGCACUUAUCCGUUUCCUUUACGAUGGCAAAACCAAUAGUUCCGUCUUGCGCCACAUCCCUACUAUACUCGAGAAACUCAGAGCGCUGGAAGCCAUGAUAAGGGGACUUCCUGGCUACCGGUUCUAUGCUAGCAGUUUGCUUAUGAUAUAUGAUGGCAUGGAUCACGACAGGAAUAUUGACCUCAAGAUUGUGGACUUUGCCAAUUGCGUUACUGCCGAGGAUCCGUUGCCUAAGGUCACAACGUGUCCGCCUAAGGAUCGGGAUGGUGUUGAUAGGGGGUAUUUGCGGGGCCUAAGGACGCUACAAAAGUACAUUCAGAGCAUAUGGCGAGAGACCAAGGGUGAAGGGUGGGUUGAAAGAGGGGAGGAAGGCGGUCAUGGAGGUGGUCAUCAGAGAGAUGACAUUGGACCUGAUUGGGACUUGAUUGAAGAUCUUGGGGAGGUUUCAACAUAGACUGGUGGCUGUGGAGCGCCGCGGAAUCUGUGAGAAUGAGUUUAUGAAUGAUGUAAGUGGUGGGGAAUAGGGAUGAUUGAAUUUGGUUUUGCUGCAUGUUAACCCCUUUCGGACGAUCGUAUUUGUUUUUUUUUUUGCCUUUGUUCUCUCCUCUUUCCUCCCCCCUUUCCCUUCCUCUCUCCCCGAUUGACGAGAAUGGGAAGACGGAAAAGGACCGGUGCUCGGAUUUGCUCCCGUUUCACGUCUUUCCGCCUCUUACUCCCGGUAUUCCCGGGGUAGAAGGAGGAGCAACGGGUAAAAAAACGGCCAUUCACAUUGCAUUAUAAAUAGUUAUUUUCUCUUUAUUUCUGCCCUUGAUUGCCCACACAUGAGCUAGUUUUAUUGGUCUUUUUUUGUUGCUCUCCUCUUUCCAUUGUUUUUACUCCUUUAGUCUUUUAGUCCUUUGAGCUGUGUAAACAGGCCCACUUUUUUCCAUCUUCAUUUCAUAUCCUUCCCUUUUCAUAGCCGGGUCUGUGUAUGUUUGCUUGCGCUUUUGUAUUUUUUGAUUUGUUGUCGUAUUGGUUUGGUAUGGCGCUGCUUUUUAUAAUUUCUCGUUUAUUCUCUUUAUGGGUUGACUUCAUUUCUUUCUUCCUUGUUUACAUAACUUUACUAAUCGAGGCGGAAAGUACAUACUCAACUCUUGUUGCUGAGCAUAUUGAUUCGUAUACUUUGUUUUCA